AUGAUGAAGGCCUGGAUGAAGCGCAAUAACAACGAUCCUGAAGCCCGUCUCGACCCUGCCUUUUUUAUCCGCAAAGCGAUCGACUAUCUCAACACCGAUCUCGGAAAGAUUUGCAAUUUGUACACGGGCUGUGGUUAUGCGCUGACCGGCAUGGAUUU